AUGGCUGUACAUAACAGAACAUUGAAUAUUAUUGCCUCCAAGUUGGGUUUAACUGAAGAAAAAAUUUUUAAUAAAGCAGCAGAAUUUGAACGUCUAUUACAAACUAAAACUGUUGCUGGUAGUAACAUUACUGACACAAGUAAAACUGUUAUAUGCCUGGACUUGGCAGCAGAGCUUCUUGGGGCAGAUUUAGACGUGAAAACUGCAGUAAGAUACUCCGGUCUUAAACCAUCAGCAUAUACCAAUAUACGUAAAAUAGUUCAGAAUCUUCUAGACUUGAAUGAGAAUAAGUUGACAACAUUAGUACUCUGCAAUACUCUCCAGUGUAGUACCGUCCAAACAUUAGCUGACAAAAUACUGGAUGAUUAUCAGAAGCAAGCUAAAAUCGCAUUGGAUUUUAGUUUGCCACAAUAUGUAUGUAUGGCUGUAUUUCAAGCUUGCAGAAUUAGCAAAGUGAAAAUUCCAAAGAGUAAAAUAGUUGAGAGAUCUCGUUUGAAACCAGUACAAUGGGGUAAACUUGAUGUGGAAUGGACUAAAUUUGUUGAUGAAAACUUUGCUGCAUCAAAGAAGAAAAGGGGGCGACCAGCAAAGAAUACGGAUUCCCAAAAAGAUAAUAAUGAAAUGGAGGUAGAUAGCCUAGCCAAAACUGAAGACACCAAGGAAUCUCAAAUAGAGCCUUAUAAGGAUUGGAAAAAAAGAAUUUUAUCUGCAGCUUAUAAAGAAUUAGAGAUAGCAAGAAAACAACAAAUCCAAAUGUCGAAGUUGUCCCCGAGAAGAUCCCCUAGAAAAACGCCUCAAAAAGCAUCCCCUUAUAAAAGUCCCAGUAAAGCAGUCAGAUUAUUAUUUCCGUUAAAUUUCUAA